AUGUUAGUUUUGCAUAAAGUAAUCAUCAAGGUGUUCCUCGUUGUCUACACCAUGAAGAGUCUAUACGAAGACAUUAAAACAUUACUUAAUAAACUAAAUCAAAUGGAAAGCAAACAGACGGAGAAACUACUUAAAGAAGACGGAGAGAAAGUGGUGCCAAACAUUGAUAUACCCGACGAUAACGUUCCCAAUGAAGAAGUGAUCUCGAAGUUGAAUGAGAAGACAUGUUUCCAUAAGGUUAGGUCAUUGGAUAAACUGAUUCGCCGUAAAUAUCACAUCGAUUUGGAGACAAUGCAACUCCAUUACGAUUCAAACAUUAAACAUGAUUUAUACGAUCUCUCGGAAGUGCGAAAGGGUUGGCAAUCGGAUCGCUUUAAUGUGAUUGAAGCCAAGUUUAGGCGCGAACUGAACGCAUCCGACGGACCAAAGAAUUUGCCACAACUCGAAGAAGACAAAUGCUUUUCAUUAGUUUUUGGCAUCAAAACCGAGGACUUAGUGGCGCCUAAUGUCGAGACACGCGAUGUGUGGGUAAAGGGAUUGAAGUAUUUGAUCGCCAGUUAUAAAGACCAACUCAUUAAUGACGAACAAUCGGUUUGGCUGGAGAAGCAGUUCCGAGAGGCGGACAAGAAUAAGAACAAAAGUCUGAGUUUCAAAGAAGUGGUUUCUCUUUUGAAUCGAAUUAAUAUAUCUUUAAGUGACAAAAACGCAAAACAGUUCUUCAAAGCAAGAGAUCCCACACUAGACUGGGAAGAGUUCCUUAAAUUUUAUCAAUUGAUUAAUAUAAGACCAGCGUUGGAUCGUCUCUUCAAAAAAUAUUCAGUAAACAACACGUCUUUCAUGGGUCCCGAAGAACUCAAAGAAUUUUUAAUCACACAACAGAAGAUGACAAAAGUGACUUUAGCUGAUUGUGAGGCAUAUAUUAGUCGAUACGAACCAAAGGAAAUCAUCGCGUCGUCUGUGAAGAUAUGUCUAAACCUCUGUCCGACUAUUAUAUUGCCACAUCUCAUAAUACAUCAGUUGACGGGCAGCAGUAGUAUAGAAGCGUAUCGAUUGGCGUUGAUUAGAGGCUGUCGUUGUCUUGAGCUCGAUGUCUGGGACGGCGACGAUGGAGAGCCCAUUAUAUACCACGGAUACACUUUGACCUCAAAGAUACUGUUAAGAGAUGUGCUGAAGACUAUACAUAAGUAUGCAUUCAAAAUGAGUCCAUACCCUCUCAUCCUAUCGAUGGAAAACCACUGCUCUAUUGAACAACAAGUAGUGAUGGCAUCGCUUAUGAAAGAGAUAUUAAAUGAAUAUCUAUACGACGGUAUUGUAGACGAGAGUGCGGUCAUCGCGUCGUCUGUGAAGACAUGUCUAAACCUCUGUCCGACUAUUAUAUCGCCUCAUCUCAUAAUACAUCAGUUGACGGGCAGCAGUAGUAUAGAAGCGUAUCGGUUGGCGUUGAUUAGAGGCUGUCGUUGUCUUGAACUCGAUGUCUGGGACGGCGACGAUGGAGAGCCCAUUAUAUACCACGGAUACACUUUGACCUCAAAGAUACUGUUAAGAGAUGUGCUGAAGACUAUACAUAAAUAUGCAUUCAAAAUGAGUCCAUACCCUCUCAUCCUAUCGAUGGAAAACCACUGCUCUAUUGAACAACAAGUAGUGAUGGCAUCGCUUAUGACAGAGAUAUUGAAUGAAUAUCUAUACGACGGUAUUGUAGACGAGAGUGCGGGUCAAUUGCCUUCACCCGAGGAUUUGGUCCAUAAAAUAUUAAUUAAAGGCAAAAAGUUGCCAAAAAUAAAGCCAAAAAAAUUGAUUAAAUUAAGGAAUGCAUUGAAUUUGGACGCAAUCAAUGAAUCUAAAUCUGAAGAAGAGGAGAACGAAGAAGAGGAGGAAGAAGAAGACGGAUACGAUUCAGACGAUGAUAUGAGUGAAUAUGAACUCAACGAAGAGUCCACUCAUGAAAAUAUUAACUCUAAGAUUACUGAAAACCAGAAUAACGAAGAGAUUAAGAAUACAGAGGAUGAGAAUUCAGAUAUAAAAGACACUAACAUUACGAACAGAAGUGAAAUUAAAGAGAAGUCUUCCGAUGGAAAUGAUAUUAAGAUCACAGAGAAGAACGUUAUGCAAGAUAUUAAUAAUACAGAAAUUAAGAAUUCAAAUGACAGAAUUCUAAACAAGAGAAAUACAUAUCCGAUCACUAAUAAAAAUGAUUACCAGAAGAAUGUGAGAAUAGCUCCGGAACCACUCAAUGGUGACCACCAACCUCUAGGUGUGACCUGUUCUGUCCCGCAGACCAGACAUCACAGACCGACACCCGAAGAAAUUAAUGUAUCCAAAAAAAAAUAA